GUGGUGAUGUCAUCCACUGUUUUGUUCUCCCGCCAAACACGCUUCAAACGAAAUUCCUUCCAGAAAUAUCAAUUCCCGAAUGUGGAGGGAGAUUUAACCCGUCUAAAUGUUGGGAAACAAUGGCAACGCAAAGCCCAACAGACAGUAUCCUUCCACAGUGGAAGAAACAAGGAAGUAAAGGCAGCGAUCCGAGUAAAGCUGAAUCAGAGAAAAAACCUACGGCCGUAAAAAUAUCGGAGACUGCAAAGCCUAUUUUAGAGGAACAAGCGCUUCUGAAAGAAAAAUUGAAAACACUCUCAUGGAAGAAAGAGAAAGAUCUAGUGACGAGGCGUAAAGCACAGCCUAUGGUUGCAAGGCCUCCUUCCCCAGGAUCUUCCAAAGCUCCACCAUCCCAACAGGGCACUUCUACGGCCUCAAAACCAGCAUCACCACCACCUGCUCGUCGACGUACAACCUCACCCUCCAAUUCGUUCAAUGCUGGUGUGUCCCGUAGCUCCUCCCCUUUGUUUGAAGUCCCACCAGAGAUCCGUAAAAAGGUCGAGAAGGCCACUAGAGCCCGACUGUACUUGCUGCAGCAACUGGGACCAAAUUCAUUCAUGAUUGGUGGAGAUUCCCCUAGUCACAAGUUCAAAGUCAUCAUAGGACCCCAGACGUGCACAUGUGCUAAAUCCUUCUGUAAUCACCUACUCUUUGUUAUGCUGAGAGUGUUUAAAGUUAGAGAAAAUGAUCCUAUUUUAUGGAGUAGCAAUUUGAAGAAUUUUGAGGUGGAGACCUUAUUUUCAAGAUUUCAUGCCAGAGUUAAUUCAAGAUUGGCCAAAAACAGUAGCAGUAAAUCAGGGCGGGGCAAGUCCCCCCAGAGGGUGACCCCACCUCCAUCCACACCUGAGGCCGCUGCAUCAUCAUCAGCAGCAGCGGCUGCUGGCAAGGAGGAUGAGGAAGUGUGUCCUAUCUGUCUGCUGGAGAUGGUCGAGGGGGAGAGUUUGACUUGCUGCACAGGGGGCUGCAACAACACACUUCAUCAGCACUGCAUGGAGAUCUGGGCCGCCGAGUGCAGACUUCGAAAGGAAAGACUCAACUGCCCCUUGUGUCGUAGAAUACUGCCUCCUGAAGCUGCAAAAUCUCUAAGCGACAGGUCCCCAACUGGUCCCAAAUUCUUACCAUGUGCUCCUGAUGUACCAAACCCUCUUGAACCAGGCGAAGUCAUUACUCUUCCUCACUCCAACCCAAUCCCCACUGGGCAAGUAGAUUUAGCAAGGCCCUGGGUUCAGGCUUUUGGGGAAGAGCUUGUAUCAUGCUUAUUCUCGCGGGAGUGGAACAUCCGGGAGAUUGCCCUCCGCCGCCUUAGCAGAGACAUCUAUUCCUACUUGCGGAAUGAGGGUUCCAACCUCACGGACCUGACUGCUGUGGAGGCCUCCUGCUCCCUGCUGACCAUGAUGUGUGGGGACCCGGUUUACAGGGUUUAUGUCGCUGCCUUGAGGACAUUACGGGUGAUGCUUGCACACACGAAUUACACUUCACGUGAUGAGAAGAUGCUUAUACAGUCCUACCUUCACCCUGUGGUGGAAGCCAUCUUGGCCAAGUGCUCUGAUGGGAAUAGACGAAUCAGCGCAUUAUCUAUGAAAGUGCUCCUUGAGUUCUGCAAAGAUGAGUCUGGCGACCUCGCACUAGGGCGCAUGCUCCGGGAUCACCGCAUUCAGCCAAUGGGCGGCCUGGGCUUCAUGCUGGCAUGCAUCCUGACCACCGCACAUGAGUACGCUACUUGGCCCUGGUGGCUGGGAAGGCUGUACUUCUUGCGCAAGCUGCUGGAUGAGUACGUGGAGGAUUUCCAGCUUGGAGGGGGCGACCCGGCGAUUAGUGAUGAGAGUGUGGGGGUCAUCUUACAAGAUCAUCACCAGGUGGACGGCACCGAGAUCUUCAGCGAUAACCCGACUCGCUUGAUGUCGGUGAUGAAAUUCGCCAUCCUGGCAGCCCAGUGCUCUCACAGCAAAGUCACCAAGUUCGCAGUGUCCGUGCUCACAUGCUGCACAAGCCUCGCAGCUGGCUGUCCGUCCGCCUUCGUCCACAUCAAGAAACUAGUCUCCAAGUUAAAGCCUUCCCAGCGCAGCAUUCUGCAGCGUCGACUCGCAACGCUUGCCCGCAGGAACAACAGCCUCGAGAGCAGUGAUAGCGAGGGGACGGUCAGUGAGGCGAGUACAGUCCUUGCGGAUGACGUGCAAGGUGGACCCUCUGAUGGGCACGACUGUCUGCAGCUGCCACGCCCUCGGGACAGGGGGUGCUGCUCGGCAAGCUGCACCGAUGAUGAGACUGAUAACCUAUCCGACAACGAGCUGCUUCAGUCGAUAGUGGAAUCCUUGCAGCGGCCACACCAUCUUGCUCUCCACAGCCCCCCACCCUCCCCCACACGGGAUGUGGAAUCUUUGGACUGGACGCGCUCGGAAGGGGAGUCCCCACGCUUUCCACCGGUAAAGGUUGUGAUGGGAGGGAAGUGUCAACAGAUAAUUGAGGAGGAGGAAGCAGUUGCGCUAGCGAAGGCGAUGGAGUUGUCUGCUUUGCAGAGGGGUCCUCAGAAAAUUCGUAGCCUCCAGCCGGAUGCCAAUGAUCCUGAGGAAGAUGAGAUGGUCAUCGUCUACACGCAACCAGAGUCUCUGGACAAAGCUGCGAACACCAAGCACUUGUAUCUUGAGAACGUGCACUGGAAGAAGGGCGAGUUGUUGGGCACGGGGGCGUUCUCUUCGUGUUACGGGGCUCGUGACGUGAUGACGGGCUCACUCAUGGCCGUCAAGCAGGUGUCUUUUUGUCGGAACUCCAAGAGUGAACAGGACAAGGUCUGUCAGACGAUAAUGGAUGAGAUCGCGAUUCUUGCUCGCCUCAAGCAUCCACACCUGAUUAAAUGCCUCGGAGCCACUCGCCACACUGGUCACUUCAACAUCUUCCUUGAGUGGAUGGCCGGAGGAUCCAUCUCCAUGCUCCUGUCAAAGUACGGCCCGUUCGAGGAGGCGAUCCUGAUCCGAUAUCUCCGUCAGAUCCUGCAGGGCGUGUCGUACUUGCACGAGAAUCAAGUCGUGCAUAGAGAUAUUAAAGGUGCCAACAUUCUCGUGGACUCUACCGGACAAGAUAUCCGAAUCGCAGAUUUCGGCGCCGCCGCUCGUCUUGCCACUCAAAUCACGGGUGCUGGAGAGUUCCAGGGUCAGCUACUUGGCACCAUAGCGUUCAUGGCCCCUGAGGUCCUCCGUGGCGAGAGCUAUGGGCGGAGUUGCGACGUGUGGAGCGUGGGCUGCGUGUUAAUCGAGAUGGCCACAGGGAAACCACCGUGGAAUGCGCAUGAGCAUUCGAAUCACUUAGCUCUGAUAUUUAAGAUCGCCUGCGCCAUUGGGCCACCCGACAUCCCCGAGCAUCUAAACCCCGGUGUACGGGAUGUCGUAUUGCGAUGCCUAGAAUCCAAGCCCGAGGACCGGCCGGCGGCCGUAGACCUUUUACAGCAUCCUCUCUUCACUAUAAUGUGAAACAGCUCAUUAGCGAAUCAGGAAAGGGGGGGGGGGGGGGGGGGGGCUUGGAAUUCAGAGACGGACCGGCGGCCGUAAACCUUUUACAGCAUCUUCGCAGUAAUGGGAAACGACUCAUUGUCGAAUCAAGGGAGGUGGUGGUGGUGGUUGUGGUGGUGGUGGGGGGAGGGGGAGUCCAGGGUGUUUUAUGAGUAGAUGCCCCUCUCCCUGCUACACCACAUGGUGUAUUUUUACAAAGCAAUCCAAAACACGUCAUGUGUAUAUAUUUUAAGAUAAAAAGAUUUGUGAUGAAGGUUUUACUUUUAUCUGUCGUCUAAUUCAUAACGAACGGCCGUACACUUUGAUUAAUUCAAGAAUCAUGAUUUAGGAAAGACUUAAAAUCAGUUUUUAUGAUAUAAAUAUGAUGUGAAGCUUUUUAUACAAGCGAGAUCUUUAUAUAAUAUUUGUUGUGAAUAUUGCCAAAGGAUGAAUUAUUUGAACACUAGGAAUCUAUUAUCUAUUUCAAGUCUUGUAAUUCAGUUGACAGAAGAUAUUGGCAAUUGCGUUACAAAUAAAAUUAUCAAAUGAGAA